UCCUAUCUGUCGGCUUCAGAGCGGACCUUUCAAGCUGAUGCUGCGGGCGGGGAGGGGGACGGUAGGUGGCCGGUGGUCCGUGUGUAACGAGAAGCAAAACAGGCCGUUGCUGUCGGUAAAAAAGUACAACCAAAUAGUUCGUUGACGGCUAAACAGCCAAUCAUCAUAAAAUGUGCGUCGUGACGCAACAGGGCCCCAUAGAUAAGGAGCUGAGAGUCCAACCGGGACCUGAGAAGGAGGAUCGUGGUUUUUGGGGGUCCAGCAAAAAUCUUCCGUCAACGUAAAGUCAACUCCUCCUCCUACCUCUUCUGCUGUUACGCACAUGCAUGCAGCCUCUUUGGCAAAAGACAAAACUUAAACUGAGCAUCUGUUAAGGGAAACUGCUGCUCUCACACCACCGGCGGGAUUUUACAAAGCCAAGGCCGCGUGUUUUUAAGCUGUCUUUUCGAUUUUUCGCUGCUGCGUAAAACUCUUUUAACUAAGCGACAUCACUCAGCAUCCGCUUGGACUGUUACGCCCGGAGGAGAGCAGAACGCAGCGCCUGUCAUUUUUUCCCCUUUUUCUUCUGUAAAUACCGUUUUUAUUGUCCGGCAGAAGGCUGCAACCCAUACUUUGACGAUGUCAUCCGUUCCUCUGUAGAAAAAGAGAGAUUUUUUUAUUUUAUUUAUUUGUGUCGAUGCCUUGCCGAAAGCCUGAAAUUUGAUUUAGCGAGGAGGUUCCAACUCACACUUCCACAGUUGUUUAUUCCUCCUGUGUGAGGAAUAAAUCUAGAUUCCUUAGAAACAAUAAAAUAAAUGAAGACAGAAACAAAAUUCGAUAAAUGAGCGGAAUCGGUGCGGCCAUUAACGAAUUAGUCAUAGCUUAUUAAUAAUGAGAGCUGCUGAGAUUCGGAAGAUGGUUUCCAUUGGCAGAUGAAACGUAGUGAGAAGAACACGUGUCCGAUUUUUCCCUCAUAUUUUUCCUCCCUGAUCUGGAUUUUUCACCUCUCCACGGAAGAAAGGAAAUCCCCCCCAAACAGAGAAAUUUCUGCGCCGUUAGAGUUCUGCCUCUGAUGGACAUCUUGGCUUGCAGAUCCGAAGAGAACAGUUAUAACAUCCUCCCCUCGGCAGCAACCAUGCUUUUUCACAGCCUCCCGGGAGGCGACGUGCACGGCGUGGUGGAAGAAAUGGACCGGAGAGGAAAGGGCGAGUCAGCAGCCAUCAGCUCCGCCAUCGAUAUGGGAGAAUCGGAGACGCCCAUGCCCUGCAUGACCAGCGAGCGCGUGGCUCUAUGCGCGGGCUGCGGCCGGAAGAUCGCGGACCGCUACUACCUGCUGGCCGUGGACAAGCAGUGGCACAUGCGCUGUCUGAAGUGCUGCGAGUGCAAACUCAACCUGGAGUCCGAGCUCACCUGCUUCAGCAAGGACGGCAGCAUCUACUGCAAAGAGGACUACUACAGAAGAUUUUCGGUGCAGAGGUGCGCCCGGUGCCAUCUGGGCAUUUCGGCUUCGGAGAUGGUGAUGCGCGCCCGGGACCUGGUCUAUCACCUAAACUGCUUCACCUGCACCACUUGUGGCAAGAUGCUGACCACUGGGGACCACUUUGGGAUGAAGGACAGCCUGGUGUACUGCCGCCUGCACUUUGAGACUCUCAUUCAAGGAGAAUAUCAGACUAACUUUAACCACGCGGACAUAGUGCCGCACAAAGGCCUGGGCCCGGCCAACACGCUCGGACUAUCCUACUUUAACGGCUUGGGAACGGUGCAAAAAGGGCGGCCCCGGAAAAGGAAGAGCCCGGGGCCCGGGGCUGAGCUGGCGGCUUAUAACGCAGCGCUGAGCUGUAACGAGAAUGACGGCGAGUCCAUGGACAGAGACUCCCAGUACAGCUCCAGUCAGAAGACCAAGCGCAUGCGGACGUCCUUCAAGCACCACCAGCUGCGGACAAUGAAGUCUUACUUUGCCAUCAACCAUAACCCAGACGCCAAGGACCUCAAGCAGCUGGCCCAGAAGACGGGCCUCACCAAGCGAGUCUUACAGGUCUGGUUCCAAAAUGCUCGGGCUAAAUUCAGGAGGAAUCUUCUGCGGCAGGAGACCACCGGCGUGGACAAGACGUCUGAAGGAUCCACGCUGCAAGGCGGAACGCCCUCUGGCCCAGCCUCGGAAAUCUCCAACGCUUCCAUGAGCCCCUCCAGCACCCCCACCACCCUGACAGACUUGACCAACCCCACCAUGCCCACCGUCACCUCCGUACUCACCUCGGUGCCGGGCGGCAUGGAUGUCCACGAGUGCAGGAGCCCAUCACAGACCACGCUGACCAGCCUAUUCUGAUGGUUGCCCCCCCCCACCGAGACUCCUUCCAGCCUUGGACUGUUGAAAACUGAGCACUGUUCACACCUUCAGACUUGAAACUGAUUAGAACGGAAAGCGAAACAAACACACUUGGCAAAAAAGAAAAAGGAUUUCUGUGAGUCUAUUAGAGACUGUUUGCAUAAUGAGGCAUUCGAGCCUCACAGACGGAACAGUUAUUUUGAUGUUGUCUUGUUGAGAACUGAGGGGCUUUGUUGGCAUUUUCAGCGUUUACAGAGAGACUGUAGGGGAAAAGAAAAAAAAUUUUUUUUUUUUGAAAACAAUCUUUUUUUCUCUCUCCAGCACAGUAUUUAUGUUGUUGUCGAAGAGUCACUGUUAGAAGGAUUGUACAAAUUCUUUCUGUUUAUUUUUUUUUCCAUUUUUCGGGAAAUUUGAGAUUAAACAGGUUACAACAUCCCA